AAGAGAGAGGCUCCGGAUGCUUUAAUGUGCGCAGGCGCGCCCUUUUCCUUCCUUUCCGACACUCGAGCGAGAGAGACAAGAUGGGCCAUCAGCAGCUCUAUUGGAGUCAUCCUAGAAAAUUCGGCCAAGGAUCGCGAUCCUGCCGGGUGUGCUCUAACAGACAUGGACUUAUCCGAAAAUACGGACUAAACAUGUGCCGUCAGUGCUUCAGGCAAUACGCACACGACAUCGGCUUCGUGAAGGUAAGAGUGUUGGUCAAUUCUCCUGCCUUGUAAUGGGCCGUCGGUGAUCUUUUGUUACACAUCCUGGUAUUAAACUAGUUAUAUGCCCUGUACUUUAAUCCAUAAGGGUUUAUAGACGUAUGUCCAUGUAAGUUGAUGUAUGUAUAUGGUUAUUGGGGUGUUGACUAGUGUUUUCUUUCCCUGAACAGUUGGAUUAGAUGUGUCGGUGGUGGAUAUUCCUCGCCAUUUUCACAGAAUCAGGAGGACGAGCCGAGAGGAGAUGAUUCAGUUGUGGAAAUAAAAUUUUUCGUCCUAACA